AUGGGCUCCGUGCUGCCCGCCGACGCUCUGGCUCUCAAGUCUGGAUUUAAGUGCCCGAGCCGCUCGCUGUCGGACGUGAUCACCUCAGACAUCCUGCACAGUUUCCUGUACGGCAGGUGGAGGAACGUGCUGGGCGAACACCUGGCGGAGGAGCGGCAGAGCGGCGGCGGCGGCGUUGCGGAGGUGCAGAAGCUGUCCAGCCUGGUGCUGCCCAGCGAGGUGAUCAUCGCCCAGAGCUCGAUCCCAGGGGAGGGCCUGGGCAUCUUCUCCAAGACCUGGAUCAAAGCCGGAACCGAGAUGGGCCCUUUCACGGGGAGAGUCCUGUCCCCUGAACACGUGGACCUGCUCAAGAAUAACAACCUCAUGUGGGAGGUGUUCAAUGAGGACGGCACCGUGCGUUAUUUCAUCGACGCCAGUCAGGAGGAUCAGCGCAGCUGGAUGACCUACAUAAAGUGCGCCCGGAACGAGCAGGAGCAAAAUCUGGAAGUUGUUCAGAUCGGCAGCAGCAUCUUCUACAAGGCUGUGGAGACCAUCCCACCGGACCAGGAGCUUCUCGUCUGGUAUGGAAACACACACAACACAUUCCUGGGAAUCCCUGGAGUUCCUGGAACAGAUGAAGAGCACCAGAAGAAAAGCAGGAAUGAUGACUCCCACUCGUGUGAAGGCCAUUCCUCGUGCUCCCCUUCCUCCUCCUCCUCGUCCUCCUCCUCCGCCACCACCGCCGGGCGCAUGCGCUGCGUCAUCUGCCACCGCGGCUUCAACUCCCGCAGCAACCUGCGCUCCCACAUGCGCAUCCACACCUUGGACAAGCCCUUCGUGUGCCGCUUCUGCAACCGCCGCUUCAGCCAGUCGUCCACGCUCCGCAACCACGUCCGCCUGCACACCGGCGAGCGGCCCUACAAGUGCCACGUCUGUCAGAGCGCCUACUCCCAGCUGGCGGGCCUUCGGGCUCACCAGAAGAGCGCGCGGCACAAACCGGUGGUGCCGGGCGCCGACGUGCCCUCCCAGGUGUCCCCGCCUCCCCCACAGCUCACGGCCAUGCCUCACCAGCACCAGAUGCCCCUGGUGCACCACAUCCCCACGAUGGUGCUAUGAUGACAGAAACGCGGAGGGACAGUCACGCAGAACAACGUUGCACUUUAGAUUAGAGCUGUAGUGGAGAAGUAAAGGGAGCUCCUGAUGAGACAGGCCAAGCAUCCAACAAAGACAUUUCCAUUUUUUAAAUUUGCCUUAUUUGUAUUGCUUGUUUCUUUGGCUAUCAUGUGAUCAAAAUUCCAGCAGAAGGAUGUUUUAAUGUUUGUAAUUUUGGAAGUAUACUGAAAUAUACUGAAAAAAAACCCACCUAUAUCGUGCUUCUCUGUGUAAACUUCAGAACUGAACAUGAGUCAGAUAUCACCACAUUGUGAGACAAGACAGAUCCUUUCUACAUUUUUGCAUCAUGUUUAUUUUGCAUCACAUCCUCACCAGCUCAGGUGAAAAGUACCUCCAGUCAGAGACUUGUACAGUCAGUAGAAACUAGGGGAUGUGGCCGCCAGUGUACGUCGUUUCAGCUGCAUUGUUCCACACUGUAAACUGAAAUUGUCACUUUAACCUUGUACAGCCUGUAUACUUUGGAGAACCGUGUAAUUGUAAAAUUGUAAUGUAUGCUACUGUACAUGUGAAUGUAAAUACAUUUGUGCUUUCUUCUAUUCUAAAUAAAUGAUAUGA